AUGAACCAUCAGGAGUCUGUCCCAAAACCAUCAGGAGUCUGUCUAAAACCAUCAGGAACCAUCAGGAGUCUGUCUAAAACCAUCAGGAGUCUUUCUAAAACCAUCAGGAGUCUGUCUAAAACCAUCAAGAGUCUGUCCCAAAACCAUCAGGGGAGUCUGUCUCAUCAGGAGUCUGUCUCAUCAGGAGUCUGUCCCAAAACCAUCAGGAGUCUGUCUAAAACCAUCAGGAGUCUGUCCCAUCAGGAGUCUGUCUCAUCAGGAGUCUGUCUCAUCAGGAGUCUGUCUAAAACCAUCAGGAGUCUGUCUAAAACCAUCAGGAGUCUAUCUAAAACCAUCAGGAGUCUGUCUAAAACCAUCAGGAGUCUAACUAAAACCAUCAGGAGUCCAUCUAAAACCAUCAGGAGUGCGUCUAAAACCAUCAGGAGUCUAACUAAAACCAUCAGGAGUCCAUCUAAAACCAUCAGGAGUCUGUCCCAUCAGGAGUCUGUCUCAUCAGGAGUCUGUCUCAUCAGGAGUCUGUCUAAAACCAUCAGCAGGAGUCUGUCUAAAACCAUCAGGAGUCUGUCCCAUCAGGAGUCUGUCUAA